GUGAGCUGAACAGACAGCGUCAUCAGCACGGUCACGUUUGUUUAUUUUGAUGUGUCUUGUCUGAUUUCGGUCGUUGGGUUUCGUGUAUUUUUUUUGUGUGUGGGGGGGGGAACCGCUGUCGAUCCACCGCCGAAGUACUAUAGUUUCAGGUUGACGGCGUGACAUCUCAGGAGCAUGGCCGACGGUCCGGAGGGUGAUGCAGACGAGCCGCCCAGUAUCAACUUCCCACCGCUCAUUACCAUCUCUGAUCUGCCCAGUGCCACUGCUGCAGGCCGUAACCUAAAGGAAUGGCUCCAGGAGCAGUUUUGCGACAAACCACUGGAGCAGGACGACAUGCGGCUACACAAUACAGCCUACGUCGGCGAUCUGGACACCCUGAGGAACCUGCUGCAGGAAGACAGCUUCAAACGGCGUAUCAAUGAGAAGUCCGUGUGGUGCUGUGGCUGUCUGCCCUGUACCCCUCUGCGGAUCGCAGCCACAGCGGGGCACGCUGCCUGCGUGGCCUACCUGAUCGCCCAGGGAGCCGAGGUAGACCUAGUUGAUGUAAAGGGUCAAACAGCUCUCUAUGUGGCUGUGGUUAACGGAACGACUGCAGUUUACUUAGCAAAAGUCAAUAAUGACAUUUUUAGAGUACAGUAG